AAGAAUAUGGAUAUUCCGCGGAACUUCACGCGCGACUGUUGAACACCGUUGCACAGCCAAUAAUUCAUUCUAGUCAGGCUGGUGGGCCCGCCCUUUUGUGGUCGAAGCACGAAAUCAAUUGCUCCCCCCAAUUUCCAGAAUUAUCUCUCUCUCUCUCUCUCUCUCUCACACACACACACACACUUACACACACGGAAGCACACAGACUCGAGAGCUUGGUUUUUCUAGUGCAGAAAAAAAGGCGGUGCUGAUGAUUGAUGAAGCGUUUUCAGCUAUGGCAUCGUUCCGGGUAACUUUGAUAAGUACUUUCUGAUCCAGUAGGAUAGGCAGUUGAAGAUUGCAAGCCGUUAAUUUCAGUUUCUUUUCAAAUGAAUCUUCAAUUUCACGGAUAUAUUCCUUGGUUUCGAUCCAAUCCAGACAAGGACAUGUCAUCACACGUCAUGUCGACUAGCACCAUACUGGAGGCACCUAAAGAGAAAGCUACCGUUUCAGCCGAAUCCUGGAAAUGGUCUCUCUUUUCAUUCAUUCCUUGGGCUAAAAUUCAGUUGCCGACAACUGUCAACAGAGAGCUGAAGAAGCACGCACAGCCUCGUAGAAGCAUUAACGAAUCCACGACUCAGUACUCUGUUAUACGCUUCAGACCAUACGUUUCGAAGGUACCGUGGCAUACAGGCCCAAGAGGUUUUUUGUCUCAAUUAUUUCCGAGAUACGGGCAUUACUGCGGGCCCAAUUGGUCGAGUGGAAAAGACGGGGGCUCUCUUAUUUGGGACAAACGCCCGAUCGAUUGGUUGGAUUUCUGCUGCUAUUGCCAUGAUAUGGGAUACGACACUCAUAGCCAGGCCGAGCUUUUGAAGGCUGACCUGGCAUUCUUGGACUGCUUGGAAAGGCCUCAUAUGACCACGAAAGGAGACCCUCAAGUUGCUUAUCUUUACAAGUUUAUGUGCACUUCAGGUCUUAGAAAUAUAUUGAUACCUUACAGACAAAGCCUCGUGAAGCUGCAAUCUGGAAAGUUAUUCUUCCCAUAUGUAUGGCUGAGGCUGACGAGUAUGAAAUGGAAAGGAUCAAAUCUUGCUAAAACGACGUAAUAUUCGAUGUUUUGAAGAAUAAAGUUAUGAAUUGUUUAAACGGGUCUUACUCAGAUAUGUCAGUGAAUUUCACCUACCGACUCGGUCGGUGUUGUAAAUACUGUAAAUUUUAUGAGUCGUUACUGUCCAGUACCGUUUUCUCGUCGGUUUCUUUUCUUAGUAGUGAAUUGAGGUUAAGAUAGUCUUUGAUCAUUUCAAUUCCACAGCACUUCUUGUAUUAUAUCAGAUGUUAGUUUCGAAAGCUCAUUACGUUAAACUGACAAAGCAUCGAAACUAUUCAUGUGUUACCUGAUCCAAAAUAUGUUCGAUUAGGUGUUAUCGCUCGGUACUACUCAGAUUUGUGUAAGAUGAUUGAUUCUUAGAUCGAUAUUCGAAUAAUUGAAAACAGUUAAUUCAAC